AUGACAACUAGAUCCCUUGGCCCCUGUUUGGUAUGUGACGCGCCAGCCGUUGGAAUCAACUUCGCUGUUCCAACAUGUGCUCCGUGUAAAGCAUUUUUCCGCCGAAAUGCCGUUAAACUUGGCAGACGAGAUUACAUCUGUCAACAAGAUGGUGAUUGUCCCGUUGCGUAUAAAUCACGUCGGUUUUGCAACUGUUGUCGGUUAGCGAAAUGUUUUCGAGUUGGAAUGCAAAAAACUUUAAUUCGAUCAGAAACUGAACGCGAAGCAAGGAAACAACUGGUUGAACAAAAUCGAAAAAGACGGUCUCAAUAUGAUAUGACAACAACAACUACAGAUCUGAUUCGACCAUCAAACUUAUUGAUUGUACCAAGUAGUCAAUCUCGAUGGUUGUCCUCGCAUGAUCAAACUCUUCUUACGAAUAUCAUGAGUGCAUAUGAGCGAACAUGUAUAGCAGCAAAAUUAUCUCAAAGUCCGGUGUUUCCACGAGCACGUCAUACUACGUUGCAUAUGUUUCUUAACGAUUAUACCGAACGGCAAGUUGCUCUGGUCAAAUACUUCAAACUCAUACCAGAAUUCGAUCGCUUGUCGAUCAGUGACAAAAUACGUUUGAUUCGAAAUCACUUUUGCUUAGCACUCUCUAUCAAUGAAGCCACACUUUCUCUAAGUAUAUCCCAACAAUUAAUCGAUUCUGUGUCAGCGUUAUAUGACACUCAACUAGCUGGCGAACUCAUUAAAUGCAUUGCAUUGCUACACGCAUAUACCAGCGAUCGGAUGUUGCUUAAACUACUUCUAGUCGUUAUCAGCCUAUCGAGCGGCAUAAAUCGAUAUAGAAAUGAUACAGAUAUGGAUCGCAUUUACGAUGAUACACUAUCUAUUUACCUUGCUCAAAACGUUUACGUCGAGCUCUUGUGGAAAUACUGCUUAUCGCGUUUUCCAUCCGAAACAUAUGUGGUCAAGUUUUACAGUAAACUCAUUCGAGAUCUACUUUGCACACAACGUAUUUGCUUUAUGACGGAAUCGUACGUCAACGGUUUAACACAUGAAAUUCAACAGAUGGAACCAUUAAUACAAAUUCGAACACAUUGUAUAAUCCCGCACCUAUUAAAUAUACGUCUAUGA